AUGGCCGCGUCCUCCUCGGUCUGGGCGGACGUCCCCAUGGGCCCACCCGAUGCCAUUCUGGGCAUCACCGAGGCCUUUAAGAAGGACACCAGUAGCGUCAAGGCCAACCUCGGCGUCGGUGCCUAUCGCACAGAUGAGGGCAAGCCGUUUGUCCUUUCCUGCGUCCGCAAGGCGGAAGAACGCAUCCUUCAAGAAAACUUGAACAAGGAAUAUGCUGCCAUUACAGGCGUGGAUGAGUUUCGCGGCCUCGCCGCCCGCCUAGCCUACGGCCCAAACUCCCCCGCACUGCAGGACAAGCGAGUGGCAACGGCACAAGCGUUGAGCGGCACGGGCGCGCUCCGCGUUGCUGGACAUCUCAUGCCAACCAUUUGGAUGCCGACCCCCACCUGGGGUAACCACCUCCCCAUCUUCCGGGAUGCCGGUCUCGAGAUUGGCCAGUUCCGCUACUAUGACAAGAGCACGUGUGGCCUUGAUUUUGACGGCUUGAUUGACGACUUGAAGACCAAGCCCCAAGAAGGCGAGUUUGUUCUUCUCCAUGCCUGUGCCCACAACCCGACGGGCGUGGAUCCCACCCCAGAUCAAUGGAAGGAGAUUGCCAGUGUCAUGAAGAGUCGCAACCUGCGCGUCCUUUUUGACAUGGCCUACCAGGGUUUUGCCAGCGGCAACAGCGAUCAGGAUGCGUGGGCACUUCGCCAUUUUGUCUCCGAGGGAUUCCAGCCGAUCGUGACCCAGUCGUUUUCCAAGAACAUGGGCCUUUACGGCGAGCGUGUGGGUCUGUUGUCCGUGGUGACCGGCUCCCCAGAAGAAGCCGCCGCCGUUGAGUCGCAGAUUAAGAUCAUUAUCCGUCCCAUGUACUCAAACCCGCCCGUUCAUGGUGCGCGCAUCGCCGCCUACGUUCUCAAGGAUGAGCAGUUGUACAACGAGUGGUUGUCAGAGGUUAAGAACAUGGCUGAUCGCAUCAAUACCAUGCGCCAGGAGCUGGUGCGCCUUCUGACCGAGUAUGGCUCGACUCUCAACUGGAACCACAUCACCAAUCAGAUUGGCAUGUUCUGCUACACGGGUCUUACGCCCGAGCAGGUGGACCGUAUGCGCGAUGAAUUUCACGUGUACAUGACCAAGGACGGCCGCAUCUCUGUUGCCGGUGUCUCCUCCAACAACGUUGAGCACAUUGCCCGCGCCAUUCAUGAGGUGACCAAGUAA